AUGGCCAUAAAUAACCCCCUCAGUGCGGAAAAUGUGUUAGACACCGCAGCCAAAGCGCUCGGCGACGAUCUGCCUAAGCUUCAGACCGCAUACGAAGCGGUGGCUUUGAUCGGUCAUGCUUGCAUGAUAGCGGUCGACUUUCGUCUAGUGGGACUAGGGGAGGAGCACAAUCUGGAUUCAUCCUCUGGCUCGACGGCUCUGCCUAAAGAAUGGAACACCAGCUCCAACUAUGCCUUCCGAUAUGCCCACCUUCAAUCCUCUAUGCAAUACCUCCUGAAAGUAAGCCGUCUAGGAAACAAUGCGGUGGUGUUCGCCUUGGCGAUGGGGGACGAUCGGACCAGCUCCUUUGAUGUUCCUGUCAAAGACUACAUCUCCGCCUCCGCACUGCCCCUUUCACCAUCUGAGAAUGUGACUGGUGCCUUGAGAGAUAUAUUUAUCUCGUCGGCUCGUCUCAGUGAUUUGAUCGGAUUGUUCAAGAUCAACGUCAUUCAAAAGCUUGCACCGGGGCUCAAUAAAGAAGGCUACGAGGACCGCACUCGGGAGCUACGGGGGCAGGAGCCGACUGACGCAUCUCGCCAACGAGAUCGACUGCGAGACGAUUCCUUCCCUCAACCUGCUCGUCCAUAUCCCUUUGACGAUCCGCUCGCGGCGGCCCCCCGCCGGCCCAACCCACCCGGUGACUUUGCUCCCCCGGGUUUUGAGGAUGAAUAUGAAAUCAACCGGCCUCCACGAGGGUACCCUCCCGGUUUCUCUGGAGGCCGCAGCCCCUACAAUAUCGGAGAACGAGAUCUUUAUCCCGCAGGACUUGGUCCCAACGACCCCUUCCGAGGGACCAUGGGCCCGGGCUUUGGGAGUGGUGGAGGUGGGAUGCAUCCUACCUUUGAUGAUCCCUUGUUCGGUGGCACGGGUGGUGCCGGUGGGGGAUAUGAUCCUCGUGCGCCCCCCGGAGCUCGUUAUGAUCCCCCCGGGCCAGGCUUUGGUCCGCCAUCUGGGCGCGGUCGCGGAUCCGGUGGAGGGGGCUUUGGAGGAUUUGGUGGAGGAUUUGGAGGCGACAUUAUCUAG